GUGCGAGGGCUCGAGGCGACGCUAGCUUCUCAGUCGGCGCUGCUGGAGGAGCAGGCCGCAGUCGACAGCGAGCUGCAGCUGAGGGCGGUGCAGCGCGAGGCGGAGGCGGCGGUGGAGGCGGCCGCGGCGCGCGCCGCCGCCUCCGCGGCCGAGGCGGAGGCGGCGCGAGCGGAGGCGGCGGCGGCGACGGCGGCGGCCGCGCGCGCGGGAAGCUGUCGACAGGACAUGUCCGCGGCGGCCGCGUGCGGGCGGGACGAGGCGGUGGCGCUGAGGGCGCAGCUGGCGGCGGUGGGGGGCGGGCUGGGCGAGGCGUGCGCCGUCGCCGCCGACGCCAACGCGGCGCGGCACGCGGCUGAGGCGGCGCUGCGCGAGGCGAGGGCCGACGCUGCCGGCGCGGACAUCCUUCUAGCGAGCCUCGUCGACGCCGCCACGCACCCGUCUCACGGAAACACUCGUCGGGGCUUGUUCGCAGGCGCGGCGGCUGAGCACGGCGAGGCGGAGACGGCGGCCAAGGCGAGAUCGUGCCGACAUCUAGCCGAGAUCGUGCCGAGAUCUAGCCGAGGCGAGGACGACGCGGCGGUGCGGGCGGCGGCGCGCGAGCUCGUGGCGCGGCACCAGGCGGCGGACAAAGAUGCAGCCGAGAUGCAGCCGAGAUAUAGCCGAGAUGUCACAGAGGCGCUCGUGGCGCGGCACCAGGCGGCGGCCAGGGCGGCCGAGGCGGCGGCGAGCGCCGCGACGGCCGACUUGCGCGGCGCGGAGGCGGCGGCGGCCGCUGCGGUGGCGGAGGCGGAGGCGGAGGCUGGGGCGGCGCGGCGGCGGGCAGAGGGGGAGGUCGGGGAGGCGCUGGCGCUGGUGGCGGCGCGCGAAGCGGAGGCGCGGAUCGCGAUGGCGCGGGCGUUGGACGCAGAGGCGGCGCUGACUUCGGAGGAGGAGGAGUGGCGGCGUUCGCUGGACGAGGCGUGGGCGCGGGCGGGAGCGGCGGAGCGGGAGGCGGAGCUCCUGCGGGAGAGGCUCGCCCGGCGGACGACAGGGCCCGCUGCCCCCGCCGAUGCUGCGGGAUGGGUGCGGUUUGGCGGGGGGGCGCGGCGCAGCGGAGCAGGGUAGGCUCGCAAACCAACGGUCUUUAGAGCUGCCACCACCUCCACCUCGUGCUGCGGUCGCCCACGACGACUAAGUGGCUGUGCUCGCUGUGAUCUGUGAAUAAGUCUGUGGCGCGAUGAGC